ACAUUGUUGGGAGUUUGCAACAACUCCGCGGCCUCGUCUGCGCGCCCGGCGCUGCGCGGGGCCGCCGGUGCGGGGCUGCAGCCCUCCCCGCCUCCUCCUUCUCCUCCGCCUCUUGGGCUUUUCCCCCCCCCCCCCCGCCUUUUAUUCCCCCCCCCCCUUCCCUCCCUCUCCCCCCUUCGCUUUGAUUUCUCUCUCCUCCCCUCUGCGCGCCCUGUGUGUGUGUUUUUUCGCCGCCGAUCUUCACCAAGCCCCUUGGCAUGAGUUAAGCACCAGCUAUGGACACCAAACACUUCCUGCCACUGGAUUUCUCCAACCAAGUCAAUUCCACGUCCCUGAACUCUCCCACGAGCCGGGGGCCCAUGGCCACCCCAUCCCUCCAUCCAUCCAUCGGGCCAGGCAUCGGCUCCUCACUGGGCUCCCCGGGCCAGCUCCACUCACCCAUCAGCACCCUGAGCUCGCCCAUCAACGGCAUGGGACCUCCCUUCUCUGUCAUCAGCUCCCCCAUGGGCCCGCACUCAAUGUCCGUCCCCUCCACCCCCAGCCUGGGAUUCGGCACCAGCAGCCCUCAGCUCAACUCGCCCAUGAACCCCGUCAGCAGCAGCUCAGAAGACAUUAAGCCACCCCUGGGGCUCAAUGGAGUCCUCAAAGUGCCAGCACAUCCCUCAGGAACGAUGGCCUCCUUCACCAAGCACAUAUGUGCCAUCUGUGGGGACAGAUCUUCAGGUAAACAUUACGGGGUUUACAGCUGUGAGGGCUGCAAAGGCUUCUUCAAGCGCACGGUGCGGAAGGACCUCACCUACACCUGCCGGGACAACAAGGACUGCUUGAUCGACAAGCGCCAGCGCAACCGCUGCCAGUACUGCCGCUACCAGAAGUGUCUUGCCAUGGGGAUGAAGCGAGAAGCCGUCCAGGAGGAGAGGCAGCGGGGGAAAGACCGCAACGAGAACGAGGUGGAGUCAACAAGUAGUGCCAAUGAGGACAUGCCCGUGGAAAAGAUCCUGGAAGCUGAACUGGCAGUGGAGCCAAAGACAGAGACCUACAUUGAAGCAAAUAUGGGCUUGACGCCGAGCUCGCCCAACGACCCGGUGACAAACAUAUGCCAGGCAGCAGACAAACAGCUUUUCACCCUGGUGGAGUGGGCCAAGAGGAUCCCCCACUUCUCCGAGCUGCCCUUGGACGACCAAGUCAUCUUACUCAGAGCAGGGUGGAACGAGCUCCUCAUUGCCUCCUUCUCCCACCGCUCCAUAGCUGUGAAAGAUGGGAUCCUCUUAGCCACCGGGCUCCACGUGCACCGGAACAGCGCGCACAGCGCUGGCGUCGGGGCCAUCUUCGACAGAGUACUGACAGAACUCGUGUCAAAAAUGCGAGACAUGCAGAUGGACAAGACAGAGCUAGGCUGCCUAAGAGCCAUUGUCCUCUUCAACCCCGACUCAAAAGGGCUCUCCAACCCAGCUGAAGUGGAGGCCUUGCGGGAGAAGGUGUACGCGUCGCUAGAGGCUUACUGCAAACACAAAUACCCCGACCAGCCCGGGAGGUUUGCAAAGCUCUUGCUCCGUCUCCCAGCCCUCCGGUCCAUCGGCCUGAAAUGCCUGGAGCACCUCUUCUUCUUCAAGCUAAUAGGCGACACGCCCAUCGACACCUUCUUGAUGGAAAUGCUGGAAGCGCCACAUCAAAUGACUUAGGGAACUGCUGCUGGGUCAGUCCCUCGCCCGGCCCGGGGUCUCACGGGGCCCCUUCCUCUGCUUUCCUCCGCCGCCGCCCCAGCCCGUCCCUCUCUCUUCUCCCCAGCGCUGGAGGCACCGUCUGAUCCGGGGUGACCCCCUCGCCGUCCUCGCCUCCUCGUCACCUUCACCCUUGUCCGUUCGCUGUCACUGCUGCGUCUCGAGGCCUGCUCGCUGGUUCCCUGCGCUAGGUGUAGAGAAGUGGGAGCGGAGAGAGAGAGCUUGGCACCCACCCACCCACCCGGCUCACAUCCCUGCCCGGGCCCCUGGCCACGCUGUGAGUUUUGGGGUGAGCCACCGGCCAGGCUGGGCGUCACCCCACACGCAUGCCACGGCCAGUGGUGAUUGCCACAGGGGCAGGAGUGGGGACAGGGACGGACACAGUCGCAGCCCUCGGGGUGCUGGGGUUUGGACAGACCGACGGGAGUGGUUGAACUCGCCGGAUUUGCAGCUGGGUAUUUUCAGAGGAUGGAGUUUUUAAAAAAGACAAGAGGAAAAAAAAAAAAAAAAAGAAAAAAAAAAUAAUUCUAUUUUUGGUUUCUAUCUAUUAUUAGUAGUCUCGGUAGUUGCUUCAUGGAGGGAGAGGCGGGCUGGAGAGGUGGCCCAGCCCAUGCCCCGCAGAUGAGUCACCUGCACUGCACGGAGCCUUCUUUCCAUUAAAAGCAGAGGAUUUGGGAUUGAGCUUUAUCCCUUCCCCCCUCAAAUAACGAGGCAACUGGUGGCACGGGGAGCCGGGGUGCCCUCUUUUUCUCUGAGCAGAGGAUCCUGCAGGCGGCAACACCUGGAAAAUCCCCUUCUGGCAUCCUGGAGGCCAUCGCUGCUCUUCUCAGCACCCUCUGCGCUGGGUGCGGAGCUGCCCACGCAGCCACGGGUCCAGCUGCAGCACUUGCUUUAAGGCUGCCAGGGACUCAACAUCACCCUUCCCAGCUCGGGGGGUGUGGGCAGACCCCUGCCCUCAGCCCUGUGCCCAGCAUCCUGGCACGGCCCCACUCUCCAGGCUCAGCCCAGCCCAUCCUGCCAGUCCCCACACUUUAUUUCUAGGGCUGUUGUGUUGGAGCAGCAAGGGCUGGCAUGUUGGUGAGUGGCUUCUUCUUGGUGUUUUUGGACCUGACCUUUUGGAGGAGCAUUUCCAGCUGGUGGGGCAGGCUUGGUGAGAUGCCCCCUCCAUGCCUGCAUUGUGGGUAGCAGCAGCCCUGGGUACCAGCAGGUGUUGCCCUGGGCCAGCAGCACCCAAGCCCCCACCUCGUGCCAGGGUUUCGGCUCACCCAGGAGGCUGCUGGUGUUGAUUCAGCAGCUGUGGUGCAAAACACUACAAAGCAACAAUUAGUGGGAGUGCUUGGCCAGGCUUGUAAUUGUGGCUGUUAAUUGGAGAUGCAACAAGAACAGGGCUCCCUCUCCCCUUAAUCUUCCCCGUCGGGCAGGGAUGUGGGGGCUGGGAGGUCCCAGCAGCAUCCUGGGGCCUGUCCCUGCACGGUCCUUUCCUUGAAUCUUGGUGUGUCAGCAGGGAGAUGGAUUUUUGGGGAUUAGGGACACGGUCCCAGGAAUGUGCCCACACCCCACGAGACGGGAUUCCCCAGGGAGUGCAUGGGGAGAGGUCAGCCAGGAAGUGUUUCCCCUUCACCUUUAUUAGGUGUCUCUAGAGCCUCACCAAAAAAAAAAAAAAAAAAAAAAAAAAAGAGAGAAAAGAGAAAAGCAAAGCAAGCAGUGAGGGAUGUUGGGGAGGGUUUUUCCCCCCUUGGCAGGACAGAUUGUCCUGAACACACUGUGGGAUGGGUGCUUGGAGCCAAGAAUGAGGGGCCUGCAGUUGGCCUCGAGCCAAGGGCUUCCCCACCACUUUCAUGUCUUCUGUGCUUUCAAAAGACAAAGCAUUAGGUCCCCAAAGUAUUUCUUGCUCUUCUUUCUCCCUGUGGACUGUAGCUGGCUCUUCAACCAGCUGCUUUGUGCCCAGGGCAGGAUGGAACAAUGCCCAGGAGCUCCCACCUCUUUUUGAGGGGGCACAGUUGUCACCUGCCUGUCGUCAUCCUGCCUGGCAGCUCGAGUCCCCGGCUCCAUCCCCUGCAGUUAACCAGGCCAGCUCAUUGCUAAAUAAAUACUCGGGAUUUCAGGUCAUAACUUUCCCUUAGGCUGGCCUGAAGUGGCAAAUCCACAGAGGCAGGGAAAGUGUUCUGGCUGUGUUUCUCCAGCAGCCUGCGUGCCGCCGAAAAUAUUAUUAAACAGCUUCACCCUGCAAGAAUUUGCCAAGAAAACUAGGCAAGAGAAAUGAAAUCUGUAAAGGGUGCCAGUUAACAUGAGCAGGCUGUUCCUUGCCAGUGCAGGGCUGGCACAACCCCACGGGGGGCUUGCAGGGGGGUGGUAGCUCCCAGCCAGCCAGCACAGAGCUUAGCCUGGAGCCAAACCAGCCCCCAGCAGCCCCCAGCCCUGCUCUUGCUGGUGGAGAGGAGCCUGGAGCUCACUUGUUGGAAAGAGGAUGAGGGUGUUUUGUGAAAGAGUUGGUGGAAAUUGCACUGGAAUAAACCCGCUGUCCUUCUCUGUUGGGUGGAACCACUGUAUUCCUGAUGGAUGGCUUGGAGGGGGCUGUUUGGUGCUGGGUGCUGAGCUGUGGUGGCUUGUGAGGCUCCUGUCCUGUCACAUCCCAUCCCAUCUAAUAACAUCUCAUCCCAUUGGAGCUCAUGCCAUCCCAUCCCAGUUAGCAUUUGACCUGAUAAACAUAAAAUGCCACAGUCAAGGGGGUGUCCUCAGCAAACGGCUGUGGUGCAAAGGGGAAGGCUCUGUGGGCCAGGGGCUCUCAGGACACGUGCCUCCGUGCCUCAGUUUCCCUGCUGCAGCACUGCACGGCCUUGAUUCAUGCCUGUGGCUUAGGAGGGUUUUGGGAAAUGCUGAGACUUGUCCUGGGCUUGUUUUCCACAGGUAAUGAGGGAGCCCCCACAUUGUGUAACUCACCACGACUGUGUUGUUUUCAUUAGAGCUCUUGUGAUUUCCCUGGUAGCCACAUGGGCAUUCCGGGUUGCCAGCAGGUCUGGAAUGUGUCUGACUAACCCCAGAGCCCGGAAUCCAGCCCCCCCAGUGCCUCCUGCUCCAGCAUCACCAGCCCAGCCCUCCCCAUCCAAAGGAAAAGCUUUUCUGUAUCCAGCAACAUCUGCCACAGCAGCCUUAAAGCAAUGUGCUUCUGCAUGAGUUUGAGUCUUUAAGUUGUAUUCUUUUUCACUUUGGGCUUUUUUUUUCUUUUUUUUUUUGUCCUCAUCAUAAUUAUAAAUAUACUACAUGCUUGUUGGAAGAGGUGACAUGGGGGUAAAAGAGAAAAAAAAGGCACAUUAUUCACUAGAGAGGUAGGACAUUCAUUUAACCAGAUCUUAGUACUCUUGCAAAAAUCUGGUUUGAUUAGGGUGAUCUAUGUCUGAAUUAUAUAUAUAUAUAUAUAUUAUUUUUUUUUAAUUCCUUUUUGUUGGUGGGACAAUCUUUAAUUUUCUAAAGAUAGCACAAACAUCAGCUUUUCAGCCACCCGCCUGCCACCCUGGAUGUUCCUCCCUGCCUUUUCUCACGUGUGGAUGUUUCAACCAAGCCCUGCCCCAAACCUGCUCGGAUCCAGCAUUCCCACGGGUCACCCAGGAGGAGGCUGAAGCUCCCUGAGCAUCCAUCAGCAUCCAAGGGGCCCAGCACCACUUGGAGGGACACAAGGGGUAGAUUUAGGGGCAAAGGAGCUUCAUCCCCUCAGCACCCAUGAGUGUAAGGAGCCCACACUGACCCUCUGAGCUCGCCGGCAGCUUCUCUGCACUUUGGACCUGGCGUCCCCCCCCCCGUCCCUGCUUGUCCCCCUGCCCACAGGUUCCUACCUGGGUUCCCUUCUGGCUCCUUCCGAGGGUUGAGGAUGGUGGGACAGUGGCUCAAGAGCUGGUUCUGUCCCCAUCAGUGCGGAGCCUGCAUGAUCCGGUUUCAGUUGAUCCAUAUGUGCGUGUGUAUACAUGUAUGUACUGUAGAUAUAUACACUGUAUAAAUAUCCUCACUCACAUAUACAUAUAUUAUAACCGUAGCAAUUACAGACUUUUUGUGGGUUUUGUUUUUUGGUUUUGUUUUACUUCUUUUUUCCCCAUUUUUUUUCCUUGCUUUUUUGUUUUUUUGUCAUCGUCGUUGUUGCUUCAUGUAAGCAAGUACAUUGUACCUGAAGCCCUUUCUGAAUUGGCAGAUGCCAAAUCUGGAUCUUUAUUUCUCGAGACAAAGAAAAUGCAUCUAUUUUAAGAUGCAUUUUUGUUUUGGUUAUUUUUGUUCUGUUGUCGUUUUGUUUCUUUUUCUCUUGAGCAGCAGGUGGUUUGGAGUAAAAAAAAUAGCUUUAGCAAUUCCCAAUACUUAGUGAUGGAUGCCUUGGCUAUGGGAUGCAUAGCUAAAAUAAAAUAAAGACAUUAAAAUUUAGAAUGACAUAAAAAAAAAAAACAGAAAAAGAAAAAAAAAAAAGAUAAGGAAAAAUAUCUAAAGCAUCAAUAAAGUUAAAAUCUAUUUUUGUACAAAUGUAAUUUUAUCCCAUACGUAUUCUUGGAUAUUUUCUUUCUGGAUUGUUUUGUUUCUUCUACAGAGAUUGUUAUAAACUCUCUCUAUUUUUCUCUCUUUCUCUCUCUCUCUCUCUCUCUACAUGUUCAGCCACUGGGACAGGGAUCUGGAGAAGAGGGAGAAACUUUUGACCGUGUUUUAAAGGCUUUAUAUGAAAUCUCUUUUGAAAUAAUUUUUUGGAAUGAACUUUUUUUCCCCCCCCCCUCCCCCCCACUUCCAAAAUCUUUUUUCGGGAAGGGUUUGGGGGAGGGGGGGUGGAUUUGGAGAAGGAGGGAAGGAGAAGGGGGUGGGUUUGGUUGGGGUGGGGGGUGUCUCUUUUGUCACGUGUAUCCGGCGUUCCCGCAGGUCUGUUUUACUGUGAAAUCACUACCCUGUAUUAUUAUUCACUUUAAAAAAAAAACAAAAACAAAAAGGAGAAAAAAAAAAGAAAAGGAGACAAAAAAGAAUUGCUGCUGGAAACGCCAGUAUUUUGAUGAACAAUUGUAUGAGGAUUGUGGGAGGGGAAGAAAAAAGAAAAGAAAAAAAAAAGAGGAAAAAAAAGAAAAAAAGAAGAAAAAAAAUAUAUGAGCAUUUUAAAAUAUAA